GAUGCACUAGCAAGUAGUAUCAGUAAAUCAUUUAAUGUAAGAUACGCGCGUGCAUGUGUCAGUCUUUCUCUGAAUUUCACGCGAAUCUGACGCUUAAUAAAUAUCAUUUCAACAUCAAGAAUUGGUAGUCUUAAACAUGUUUUCUUGCAAAAUUGAUCUUGCGAUACUUCGGCUAACGUUCGCAUUAAUAUGCAUAUUCGCGAAAUCGGGUUUUCCUUACGUGUUGCCAGAUCCGAUCUUCGAAGUACUAAAACCGCAAGGCCUUCGAGUUUCCAUACCUGAUGCACCGGGCUUAAGAACAUUUGGUUUCCACGCUAAUGUGAAUAAAGCAAUUCGCGCUAACGGAUACGGCGAAAUCGCUGGUAAUGUCUAUUUAACGACAAACAACCGCUGGGUUUUCGAGGAUUCGGAAGUGACUAUAAAAAAUAGAGAUGUACUUCAUUAUUGGAUUUAUGCGCAAGUGGAUGGAACUCAGCAUAGAAGCGACGUCCGGAGGUGGACGCAUUCCUUGGAAAACCAAGAAACUACGUGGAGCUCUACAUCAAAAUAUGAAAUUCCGACCACAGAAAAAUAUUCACGGCUAUUGCUCGAGGAUAAUUUCGAUUCCUUCAAUAGGACAUUAUGGAAACGCGAAAUAAAGAUGCCUUUAAUACCGGACUAUGAGUUCUGCGUAUAUCACAAUGAAAAUCAUGAGCAACUUGUACAAGUUAAGGAUGGUCAAUUAUUUAUAAAACCGAGUAUAUUAGAGGAUUUAUAUGGUGAGAACGUGACUGCUUUCGGAAGAAUGCAACUUAAUAGAUGUACCAGCACGAUUAGUUACGAAUGCUCGCGACAGGCAUUAUCCUAUAGCAUUUUACCGCCUAUUAUAUCUGCGCGUCUUACCACGAAGGAACAUUUUGUUUUGCGAUACGGAAAAAUCGAAAUCCGUGCCAAAUUUCCUCAGGGUGACUGGUUAUAUCCAGAAAUGUGGCUCGAGCCAAAAUAUUAUACGUACGGUGCAAAUUAUACGAGUGGCCGUGUUCUUUUGGGUAUAACUCGGGGCAAUGAGAAUUUAGUGAACGCCACAGAUGUUUCGAAAAUUUACGACUCCCGAAGAUUGGAUUUUGGCGUGAGAGUAGGUGCAUUGCCAAACGUUCGGGAAAUAAUCGUAUCGAAGCUACGCGAAUUCGGACCGCGAUGGACGCAGGAUUUCCAUACAUACACGACUAUCUGGACUAGCGAUGGUUUCACGUUUUUGGUCGAUGGCGAAGAGGUUGGCCAAGUGAAGCCUGGCGAAGAAAAAUGGUUGAGUGGAGCCAACGCAAACAGAAAAAAUGCUCCAUUCGAUCAAGAGUUCUAUAUUACUCUCGGCGUCGGUGCGGGUGGAAUACGUGUAUUUCCGGAUAACACGACCAGUUUUGGAAUACCAAAACCAUGGAAAAAUGUGGAGGCUAAGUUUUAUUUAAUUAUAGGCAAUGUUGAAUUUCUGGAAAUCUCGAAACGAAUGGCUGCCAAGUUGGAGAAAAGACAAUGGCAAAAAGACUGCUUUUGAGAUAGAUUACGUUAAAGUAUGGUCUGAUUGAAUUAACGCGCUUACAUUUGUAACUCAUUUCUUAUCAUUCAUAUAUUUUGUAACGAUUGAUCUCACAGACCUUUUCGAAUGACGUAUAUAAAUAAUUAUUCAAUACUGCUGUAUUAGACAUCAAUAAAAAUCAGCGGUUAUUAACUUCUGAUUCAACGAUGACGAAAAAUUAUAAUGUUGCUAGCAAUAUUAUAUUCUAGUACUCGAAAGCCUCACUGAUAUAUGUGAA